UCCCUGCCAUUAAACCCUAGUAGUAUCACAAGUUCAGAUCCCAAUGAUGUCGCGUACACUGGGUUCAAGAGUCGACGAGUUGGAAUCGAGCAUGGGAACAAUGCAAACGGAAAUCGGCAAUAUUUAAUCAGAAAUUGGAUCGAUGAAAGAAGAUAUGCAGAAGAUAAUGAAGCAAUUGAAAGUAUUGGUCAGAAACGUGGGUGUUGAUCGUGAGAUAAAUCACUUUACUGCAAAUCAAAAAAGAAAACUAGAUUUACCUAGUUUCGACGGAAAAGAUCCGGAGGAUUGGAUCCUUAGAGUAGAACAUUACUUUUCUCUCAAUCUUCAAACAGAUGAAGAACGUAUCGAAUUAAGCAGCGAUGACAGCUUUUGAAGGUGACGCAAUUAGAUGGUUUCAAUGGGAGAAUAAGAGAAGUCCGAUGAUUCAAUGGGAAGACAUGAAACUGAAAUUGUUGAAGCAUUUCGGAAUCACCGGUCAUGGUUCACUCUUUGAAAAUUUUCUGGAAGUGAAACAGGAGGGCACUGUUGCUGAUUAUCGAAGGAAAUAUGUGAAUUUAGCUGCACCUUUAGAAGGUAUAUCCGAAGAGGUGUUCUUGAGUCAGUUUAUGAAAGGAUUAAAACCGAUUAUCAAAGCUGAAACUAGGCUUGUUUCACCUACAAACGUGUCUGAUGCAAUGGAUAUUGCAAGUAGAAUUGAAGUGAAGAAUAAAACCCUCAAAAGUGAUGGAAAUGGGGUCGAUGAUCAUGAAGAAGUUGAUCAAGGGGUUCUUGCCUAUCUCCGGUUUCCUCCAAAUUAGUAAAGAUUAAUUGCGUUGAAACACAAAGCUUUUAGUAGGUUGAUGGUAUAUUAUAGGAUAAUGUUAUAAUUAAAUGCAAGAAGCACAACGUAUUUUAUGUUUGGGAUAUAAUUUGAUGAUUUUGAAAUGUUUUUUUCUUUGUAGUGUUAUUGAAAAGGGCAUACAUGUAAAUGAACUUUCACAGAAGCUGAAAAUUUCUCAUGAUAAACUCAUGGAAUCAAUAACAAGACUUGAAAUUGAAGGCAAGAUAUAUUCAACAAUCGAUGAGUUCCACUACAAACCAACAAUUAGCAGUUGAUGAUACAAAACUCUAUAUCUCAUAAUUUUAUUAAUGGUUUUGCUUGAUUGGUAGGAAAUUAGAAAUGUGAUGGAUUUAUGGUAAAAGAUUUAGUACCAUUGUUUUAUACAGUUAACUUUUUUUUUUUGUUUUUUUCUGCAACCAUAACAUAACUCAAAAAAUUUAGUAUCAAGGUUCAAGAAAACCUUUUUUUUUCUUCUGAAUAUUUGGUUCAACCAUAUUGGAUUUUUUUUGUUUUGUGAUCUUUUAGUCUUUUUCGUUUUGUUUUUCAGUUGAUAGAAAUAG